UUCAACAUUCCACUGUUCGACCGAUAGAGGAACAGCGCCGUGGAUUGUUUGUCAAUAUCUUCGAGUUAGCUGAUUUUUUACUGACUUUUCUGUUCAAAGCAACCGUUUCACGAUGACACGAAAGUCCGAGAAAAUAUCCUGACUGUGACUGUGUCGGAGUGUGCACCGUGUACGUAUACGAAAGUCCGGAGAUAAUACUGUCAAGAAGAGAACGUCGUGUACGUGCAAUAAUGCUACUUUUAUAUGCAAGUCAGGAAUUCCAUCUGUUUCAUUAAGAAAAAGAAUGUUUGAAACCCUUGCAUUACCAGGAACGUCCAAUUAUAUUACUGAAUUAUGCUUGUUUAAGUUGCACGUUAUCAUGGAUAUUUAAUAAGAGAAGCAAGUUUUUUGCCGUGUUGGGAAAGUUGCAAAUUUAUAGUGCACAGGAAAAAAAAGACGGAUAACCCUCGAUGAAAAGAAAAGUUCCAUAAACUGGCGCUUUCAAUCGGUACUAUUUGAAAAAAAUGUACAUCAGAAUGAUACACAGAACGGAUCUAGAUAGUUCGUAUAGUAAAGAUGAACACGUUCGACAGCUAUUUAUCUUGUUUAGUUGAUGCACAGACCAUUGUCUUAGGCAAUUCUGAAUUAACUUUAUUGCAUAUCUUUAUUCUUGCUCUUCCGGAGCAAUCUUAUUGUCGUAAAGUACCCAGUGUUCAUAAAAUCAUUUUUAAUGAGGCUGAAGGCACGUACAGGAAGGCGAACUCUCUUUUGAGAAGGUACAGUGUUCUACAACUGACUUUCAUGAACAAUGAACCAUUCGGGAAGUGGAAAACGUCAGGCGAAGGUUCUGGAAGAAAACUAUUGGGAUUGCAGUGUCUGCACAUAUAGAAAUACAGCAGAAGCAUUUAAGUGCCUCAUGUGUGACGUCCGUAAAGGAACUUCUACGCGGAAACCCCGCAUAAAUCCUCAGCUUGUGGCACAGCAGGUGGCACAGCAACAGUAUGUACCACUAUUGAAGCCAGGGAAAAAGGAAGGUAGUAGCGGCGGUAGUACGGCUACUAGUGGUAAGGAGAAAGACCGUAAAUUGGACAAACCAAGACGGAAAAAUAGGCAUCCACCUCGUCUUAAAAAUAUAGACCGCAGUACAGCUCAAACCAAUGAAGUGACAGUAAACAACGUUACUGUCGUAAUUACGGAGUAUAAGCCAAAAGUGAAGAAAAGUUCCGAUCAGUCUGGUUUAUCUAGCAGUGCAUCAUCUGAGAAUGGAAGUCAACACGAUUCUAAUCAAGACUCUAGAAGUUUGGAUAUAGGAACUGAUGCUUAGCUCAACGCGGUAUAUCACAUAUGUGUAUGAAUUAAUCUAAUUAAUAUAUUAUAUAAUGUACGUCAAUCUCUAUGGACUAUGGUACAUUUUGUGGACAGAAGCAACUACUUUUUCUAUGUGUUGCAGAUUAUAUAACAUUCAAUGAGGUCAGACGUUUUAUGCUAUCAGUGGACUCAUUGAAUUCUUUGAUUUCAAUGUAAUAUAAGACUUGUGGUCAUGUAUCGUUGUUUUGUAGGAACAUCAAAAUUACCAGUUCAUAAUGACAAUGAUGUAGUUCAUAUUCAGACGCAUCAACUGAAGUUGUACUUAAUGUUAUUUAUUCCAUAGCUUGAGAGUAUUCUAAAUUACGCGUUCUAAUAUUUAAUUCAAUAUUUUAGAUAAUUUUAUUUGUGCAACUUCGGAUAUUACUUACUCUAUUUACAUAGUAUCGACUGUAACAAGCGCAGUUACGUGCAUUAAUACUACAAAAUGGAAUUUUAUAUAUCCAUUGUUGACAUAAUGAUGUCCGCAUACGACUUUCAUUGAAUCUAUAACACCACUGCCAGAAAGCAUGUUGUAAGAUUAUCGUUAAUUAGAAUGUUUUAAUCGACUCAUUUAUGUGUGAGUUAUUUAAUUUGUUUAUUUAAUAAUUACUGUGACAGUGAAUUCAGAAACUGGCAUUGGUACGUAUAUAUACCUUUAUCCCAUUCCAAAAUUAUCUAUGUACGAAUUUCAUUUAUUGUAUGCUUUAUAGCUCGGUAACAAAUCAAUACCAAUCAUAUAGAAGUUUCCAAUUUAUACACGUGGAAGAUUUUGCAAUUGAAAUACAUAAAGUAAUACAAAGUGAUACACAAUUUUAUAAAUUUUAGAGGAUAUUUGAUUUUCUAAUAAGCGCGUCCAUUAAUUUUGAUUGUUCAUAUAUUAUUUAUUGUAUUAAAACACCUCGGAAAAAAUAUUUACACUACAUAGUAUACUUAAAUGAUGUCAGAGCAUAUAGAUUUUAUAUACGAACUGUAAACAAUACUGGAACAAUCUAUUAAACAUUAAUUUCUAUAAUUAGUAAUAUCGCUAAAUCAUGAAGCAAUGCAGUGGGAAACUUUCUUUUUAUUAUUGGUAUUAUUAUAAAAUAACCAUUAAUGCUACAGAGCUGGCACAUAUUAGCAACUGCCUGAUCACUUUAAACUGUGAUUUAUAAUUCAUUUCAUAUUUAUUUUUAAAUGUUUUACGUUACCAGGUAAUCAAUAUAUUACCAAAAUCGAAUCACAAAGUAAAAAGUUAUUGACUGUAAGGACCAGAGCAUAACGGGAUUAUUUCAUAAGUGUAUAAAAUUAAAAAAUGUCAUAUAAAUAAUUAUUUUCAAAUGUUAGUAUGCCAGUUACAAUAAAAUACGAAAAUUAAUUUGUGAAUAAAAUUAACGAUCUGCAUCGUAACUCCGAAAGUAAACAAUACUUUUUGCAAAUAUUUACACAUAAGUACAACAUUACUCGGAUAACAAGUUUCCAUCUCGUAAAUAGUAUUUCAUAAAUAUCAUCGGGAUUAUAAUUAUAUAAACCUUUUAUAAAAAAAAAUGUCCGAUUUAUACUAAAAAGAUAUCGAUUUUUAUUAACAUUUUAUUAGUUCUCUUUUUUCUUAAUUAUGUAAAUUCUCUUCUUAGAUAAAUAAUUUGCGUGUACAUACUAGUUUUACGAAAAAAAAAAUUGAUCGAUUAGGUAAAAGAUUUCUUCAAAUCCUAUUAGAACAUCACUCCGAAACAAUAUAUAAUCUUAAAAUUGUUACUUUACUGUGUACAAUUUGGGUAUCCAUAUUUUACAAUAUAGUAGGUAUUUAGUAAAUGUUAAAAACAUCAGUUUUUGAAUAAUUUUUUCGUAUUCUUGCGGUAAUCGAAUUAAUGCGAAUCAAAAAUAUGUACCCAUUGCCUUCAUCGUAUAAGAAUAUGUUAAACCAAAUAAAAUUGGAUUUGUGUGUGUUGUAAAUGAUUAGGAAAUUAAUAUGUUGUACAGAUUGUAAAACUUUCGAAAAACACUGUUGGGAUUAACAUUAUAUUAUUACAAGAAAAAAAAAUAAAUUAAAUGUUUUAAGAAAAGAAA